UUGUGGUAAUUGUGCGUUUUGGAGGAAAGCACACCUUUAUGAAGGCAGCUUCUCAAUGCUCAGUGUGAUCUCCUUUUCCUCCUGAGAAGCAUCAGCUUCUCUCCUCGUGCUGCAGGUUGAGGCCGGAGCCCAUCCGUUCCCCUGCGCAGCAGACAGUUUAUCUUGGAUCAGCUGGUGCAGUUAAAGUAACUGGAUACACAAUCUCAGUCUGGCAUUUCCAAACUUGCCUUUUAACCUGCAGAACCAGAGCCUGAAGCAGAACUUCUUGCCAUCAUGAAAACAAUUAUUGCAGCCUAUUCUCAAAAUCGUAGUGGGAGUCGUGCCAGUGUCCAGGCUGCCCUCCGUACCCUGCUCAGGGUGCCAUGGCCCUCACAGCGGGACAUCUGCUCGUGGCUGCAGCUCCUUGCUGUCCUCCAGUGGGUCCUCAGCUUCCUGCUCCUGGGGGUGGUCAGCCUGCUUCUGCUCAUCUACCUGGUGUUCACCAGCUUCUGGCCCGUUUCUGCCCUCUAUUUGGCCUGGAUCAUCUUUGACUGGGACACGCCUGAGAAAGGUGGGAGGAGGCUGGCGUGCUUGCGGAGAUGGAGCGUGUGGAAGCAUUUCCGGGAUUAUUUCCCGGUUCAGCUGGUGAAGACCCAUGACCUGUCGCCCAGCCACAACUACAUCAUCGGCUCACACCCCCACGGCAUCCUCUGCGUCGGGGCCUUCUGCAACUUCGUUACGGGGUCAACAGGCUUCUUGGAGAUGUUCCCAGGCAUCAGACCCUUCCUGACAACCCUGGCCGGCAACUUCCGCCUGCCCCUCUUCAGGGAGUACCUGAUGAGUGGGGGUCUGUGCCCUGUGACACGACAGGCCAUAGGGUACCUCCUGUCCAAGAAUGGCACUGGGAACGCCGUAGCCAUCGUCAUCGGCGGUGCAGCCGAGUCGCUCUCCUGCCGGCCAGGAGUCACCACCUUAAUCCUGAAGAACCGGAAGGGCUUUGUGCGUAUGGCCCUGCAGCAUGGGGCAUACCUGGUGCCCUCCUUCUCCUUCGGCGAGAACGACCUCUUCCGGCAGGUGGUUUUCAAGGAGGGCAGCUGGAUGAGGAGCAUCCAGCAGCGCUUCCAGAAGAUGAUGGGCUUUGCCCCCUGCGUUUUCUAUGGCCGAGGCCUCACCUCCGUUCAGUCCCGGGGCUUUUUGCCCUACCCCAGGCCCAUCACAACCGUUGUGGGGGAGCCUGUGACAGUGCCCAAGAUUGAGGACCCGAGCCGUGAGACUGUGGACCUGUACCACGAGAUGUACAUCCGCUCCCUGCUCAAGCUCUUCAAUGAGAACAAGACCAAGUAUGGGCUGUCAGAGACAGACGAGCUGCGGAUCAUGUGAGCGAGGCCAGGCAGAAGCUGCAGGCCAAGGUGGGCAGCCAAGUCCUGAC